AUGUCCACCAGGGUUCUGAUCCACGACUACCCGCACCGGACUUUGGCAUUGGCUACUGAUGAACAUGUCCUUGUCUUUCGGCAUACCCACUCCCCUCCGCCGGAGAGCGUGAAGGCGUCGAGUUCGGCCAACCUACCGACGCCAAAUGCCAAUCGAUGGAAUUUCACCCCGCGGUGCAUGGUGGAAUUUGGGGAGAGAUCGUUCAUUGACCUAAGCCAGUUCCAUACUGUGGCCACAGCCAAGGGCGCCUUGGGCAUGAUUACCCUCAACAACGAUGUCUUUCUCUGCGUCAUCACCGGCUCAGAAAUUGUAGCCACUGUGAGACCGGGGGAAACUGUGCACAAGAUCUUUGCCGUCGAAUUCUAUUGCCUGAACCGCGCGGACUAUGACCACGGUUCCGGACCCUACCCGAAUCCGUAUCCCGGCCAGACCUUUCAGUCCGAUGAUGUUGAUUAUGGGGGAGGUUACGAUCAAAGCGACUCGAGCGCCGAGCACCCGUUCCAGGCCUUGAGGAAACUCCUGAGCAAUGGUCACUUCUAUUACAGUGUCGACUUUGACCUUACUUGUCGGCUGCAGGAUCGUGCUGAGGAAGUCUCUACGGCCGAUACAGUCGACAUCUCAAGCCUCGAUCAAGGCCUCUUGUGGAAUUCGUACAUGAUUGAUCCACUUCUGAAGUUCCGAAGCAGAUUGACUGACCAUGAACGGAAUGAGCUCGAUCGAUCUCGUCUGCUUACCUCAGUGAUCCGAGGGUUUGUGAAGACUCUAACUGUGCCCUCAUCUUCGUCUCCGAUCCGCGGCACCACUCCUGGACGGCCCAAUACCUUGACCGUGAUCUCAAGGCUAUCGUCACGACGCGCAGGAACACGCUUCAAUUCUCGUGGCGUCGAUGAUGAUGGCAAUGUGGCCAAUUUUGUCGAGACCGAGACUGUAUUUUGGUCAAACACGGGACUCUGCUUCUCAUACGUUCAGAUUCGUGGCAGUAUUCCUAUCUUCUGGGAAAGUUCGAGCAGCUUAAUACCUGGACAACAGAAAAUACAAAUCACGCGCUCCCCUGAAGCCACGCAGCCCAGCUUCGACAAGCAUUUUGCCAUGUUGGAGAGGACAUAUGGAGCCGUUCAUAUUGUCAAUCUGCUCAGUGCGUUAAAGCCUGGCGAAGUUGAACUCACCGAGAGAUAUCGUUAUCAUGUGAACAGAAGCCCUCUCCUCCGUCAUGAGGAGGGUGAAAUGGAGGAACACCAUCUCUUACGAGAAACAGAGUUCGACUUUCACGAGCGUACGAAAGCCACUGGGUACGAUGGGGCUAGAGCUAUCCGACCUUAUCUGGAGUCUAGCGCAGAAUCGUUUGUUUAUUUUCUUUCGGAAGAGAUUCCCGAAGAGACAGUCAUCAAUGGCAAGAAGACGAUCGUCAAGAGACCAGUGGUAGUCAUGCAGCAGAACGGGGUGUUUCGGGUCAACUGUUUGGAUUGCUUGGACCGGACGAACCUCAUCCAAGGUUUGAUCAGCCAGAUGGCCAUUGAACUGUUUUUGUCGCAUCGAGAUGAACGGGGCAACUCCGAUUUCUGGAUGCGCCAUUCUACGUUGUGGGCAGAUAACGGGGACGCGCUCUCGAAGAUCUAUGCUGGUACAGGGGCAUUGAAGAGUUCUUUCACCAGACACGGCAAGAUGAGUCUUGCCGGCGCCAUCGCAGAUGCCAGAAAAAGUGCAACACGCCUCUACGUCAAUCAUUUCGAAGAUAAGAACAGGCAGAACACGGUCGAUCUGUUGCUCGGCAGACUCGUCGGCCAGAACAGUGUAGACCUGUAUGAUCCAGUCAAUGACUGGGUGGUCGCAGAAGUCGCAAGGCGGAGAACAGAGUUCGAGACCAGAGACCAAAUCAAGCUCGGCAUGGGUUCGUAUAACUUGAACGGCAAGACAAUGGGGGCGAACGAGGACCUUCGACCGUGGUUGGACGUUCACGAUAAAGACCUUGACAUUGUUGUCAUAGGCUUCCAGGAGCUGGUGGAAUUGAGCCCGCAACAGAUCAUGAGUACAGACCCAAAGCGGAGAAUCUUGUGGGAGACAGCGGUGAGAAACUGUCUGAAUGGCUAUGGAGAAGAAAAGCCGCAUGGGCCCUCAGGUAGGUCAGAUGACUAUGUGCUUCUGAGAAGCGGACAACUCGUUGGCGCCGCCUUGAUGGUUUUCGUUCGGUCCAGUAUUCUCAGCCGGAUCAAGAACGUCGAGGGAGCAAUCAAAAAGACCGGAAUGAGUGGUAUUGCUGGCAACAAGGGUGCCGUUGCCAUCAGAAUGGAAAUCGAGAGCACUUCUGUGUGCUUCGUCACCGCCCAUUUGGCCGCCGGAUUUGCCAACUAUGAAGAACGCAACCGCGACUACAACACAAUCACGUCCGGGCUGAGAUUUCAGCGCAACCGAAGCAUUGAGGAUCACGAGGUUAUCGUCUGGGCCGGCGACUUCAACUACCGCAUUGGAUUGAGCUACGAAAAAGCCAGAGCACUGGUCAAUGAGGCCAUGACUGGUUCAGAGAAAGUCCGGGAAGAAGCGCUAGGCCGGCUUUACGAGAACGAUCAGCUGAAUAUACAAAUGGUCGUGGGAAACUGUUUCAACUACUACCGGGAAGGACGAGUCAAGUUUUUGCCUACCUACAAAUACGACAUUGGUACGGACAACUUCGACACUAGUGAGAAGCAACGUAUACCUGCUUGGACUGAUCGGAUUGUCUGGAAAAUCAACCACAGAAGCACGGCUGUGCAGGCCGGGGAAAUCCUAGGGACACAAAUGAAGCAACUCGCAUACGACAGCGUGAUGUCUUUGCGGUUCAGCGAUCAUAAGCCGGUAUAUGCGACCUUCGAGAUGGGCAUUUUGGUGGUGGACGAGGAGAAAAAGGAGACCCUCACCAAGAAACUAUACUCUAAGAGAGCAAAAGAAAUGAAAAUCCAUGCUGGGGAUGAAUUAGCUGACGCCAUUGAAGAGAUCAGCAGUGAAGAGGACGACAACGAAAGCGUGACCGGGUACGAGAGCAUUCAAGAAGGUCUUCCGCCUGCCAGCAGCGACAAAAGGAAAUGGUGGCUAGAUGGGAACAGAGCUGCUCGAAGCACCAUCCGACCACCGCAAGAAGACAUGAUGUUGAACAAGAAUCGUGAAGGCAACCCCUGGAGAGAAGGUGGAGAAGACGAGUGGGUGAAGGUCGAAAGACCUCCUGUCAUGGACAACAUCAACAUCAAUAGCAUGCCGUCUAGCAGAGCGUCCAGCAAGAAACCCGAACCUCCCCCGGCACGAGGUACUAGAAGAAUGGUCCCGCCUGCCUGGGAGGGAGAAAGGGCGUCUUCGUCGUCGCCACAGCAGAAGGGCGAGACAUCCACGGAAACGAAACCCCUUCAACAACAGCCACCACCUCCCACACUUAGCACCCGAGGCGUUUCUGCGUCAGGUACUGACACUGCCAGUGCUACUUCUUCGCCUGUACGGUCUCCAGCGAAGUCUCUAGGAGAUGCCGCCCAGCCGCCGUCGAGGUCGAGGUCGACGUCAAUAGCCCCGUCUGAGAAGAAAAGGCCACCUCCCAAACCAGCCAAGCCUUCUACUCUGGCGACCGCGUCUGGAUCCGCUUCGAGUCCGACAGUCGUCCCACACUUGACUCCUCUUCCUGCUCCUGUUCCUACUCCUCGACCGACGAGUGUUUCUCGCUCAGGUCCGGGUCUGUCGUCCAAUCGUGGUCCAGCAUCCCUUGCCGCAACCGAAGAACACCCUCCCCCUUUACCCAAGCGUACAGGAACAGCGAGUUCAUCAGCAUCGUUUGUCAGUGCUUCAGACAAUUCGCCCUCGGCGCUCCCCGGCUCCGAGACGCACAGAGGCACUGUCCUUCCUCCACUACCACUACCGCCGCCGCCGCCACAUCGGGCGAGAGUUUCGCAGCUCCAAACCCAGAGGCCGCGCGAUGGCAGUGUCGGUUCCACGUCUCAGUCUCAGUCUCCGCGGAGAAGCAGUGCUUUCAGCCAGAACUGGACAGAUACGGAAGUAGCACCUCCUUUACCGCCAAGGAGGGAUUCGAAGACGACUGGCGCUACCUCAGAUCUAUUGGGCAAAGAAGAUGACAAUACAGGAAGACGCGGCUUGGAUAAGUACAAGCCACUACUGCCGGGGUGA